AUGCUCGCCCGCGAGGCCCCGUUAAAAGGGAAGCAACCGCUAAGAAGAACGUACGCAACAAUUCCAAUGGCGUACGCGUCGAGUUGGCGCGCCAUACGCAGCGUUGUGGGUUUUCGCUUCCACCCGCAGUUGACGAUCCAGCUCAGCAUCUCCGGGGGGAGAUACUUGUCGGUGCCACAUGGCGUCAAGAACAGCAGCGUCUCGCCGUCGUCGGGGGGUUCGUCGCGCCACGAGCGGGAGUUUGACUCGCCCCGCUCGGUAAACACCGCUGAGGGGGAGGAGCUCGCCAUCGGUGCGGCGGCGGGGGCGGUGGUGGUCGGAGGCGCGGCGGGCGCAGCAGGAUGCGUGGAGCCACCACGGGAGCGUGCGAGGCACUGCGCCGCGGAACUAGACGCCAUCCCUGCCUCCGCCGCGCCCUCCUGCUGGCAGUCGCUCAGCACUGCAGCGUUGAGGACCCCAACCCCGGCCUCCCCGCCAACGCCGCCAACAAUGACGCGAGACACCGCCUCCGAUGGGUCUGUCGAGGCCUCGUCUCCAAGCGCCGCGGCGGCAUCCGCUCGUGCCGCACCGCAGCCGCCGGCGUCCGCGUUGCUGUCGGCGUCGUCGUCGUCCGAAUUGACCUCAGUGUAG